ACACUUUUAUGCUCAGUGUAACCCCUCGUUCACAAUAUGUUCAGACAAGAAUUAGAUCUAAAAUGAAGGGCAACAUAACGUUAUCAUGUCAUGCGGAACAAGAGGUUGAUGUUCUCUAUAACCUCUUCCACUUUGUCUAGUUAUGGCAGCAUGCAGAACAAGGGCCUGUCUGGGGAAAUACACCUGACAGUCACGGGUUCGCCAUGAUGUGCGCCUACUGUUGCAUAUCAGCCCUGGCCGGAGUCUCCACGGAAUACAUAUUCAAGAGACAAUAUAAGACCUCCCUCCAUGUUCAGAACACUUUGCUGUACACAUUCGGCAUCGUCAUGAAUGGUGGACUGUGGGCACUGCAAGGGGCUGGGAUCGGCAACCAAGACGAAAGACGUUUGAUCUGUUCGAGGGCUUCUACAUUGAAGACGUGGGUUAUUGUUGUGACUCUGGAGGAGUUGUUCAGUCAGUCCUUCUUCUCUUGUCGACUGACUGACUGACUGAGUUUGGUUUUACGCCGCUUUUAGCAUAUUCCAGCAACAUCACGGCGGUCUUCUUGUCGAGAUCGGGUAACCAUAUAGCUAAAGCAUUCUACCCUUUACUCCACAGGCCGUACUUGAUUCUACCCAGGGGAACAAAA